AUGUCAGUAUCCUCUUGUUGCCUCAAGGCGGUUGAAUGGGACGGCAUCCCAACUGGAUCUGUGGGGAAGCUUGCCAACAACAACGCCUACAUCACCGGCAAUAAUCCCGAUGUGGCCGUGAUGAUCGUUCAUGAUCUGCUUGGCUGGACUUUCCCCAACGUACGCUUGUUAGCAGAUCACUAUGCACGACAAGCUAACGUACCGUCUACGUCCCUGAUAUCCUCGGUGGACAUGUAG